AUGACAACUACUCCAUUGUCCUCUACAACUCCGAGUGCUGAUGCUACCGCGACUUCUCCUACGACGCAGAGUCUCGGAGAAGAUUUGCUUAAUGAAUUGCCCUCCUCUAGUACUACCACAACUACUACAUCGACCACCACUGAAGAAGCGACCACGUCCACAACAGUGACAAUUACUUUGUCGUCCCCUGCAACGCCGACUACCGACUCCGCCGCGACCUCUACUACGACAGAGAGUCUCGAGGAGGGCUGGGUCGAUGAACUAUCCUCUUCAAGUGCUACGACAUCUACUGCAUCGACCACUACUGAGGAAGCGAUCACGUCCUCAAAG